AUUAGCUGUGAUUCCCUAAGCGGGCUCAGAAUGGCGCCGCUGCCUCCCUUUGGCAUAUCUAUAGGGAGCCCGCACCCCUUUACAUCGGAAGGGAGAGCCGAAAGAUGGUUCAAAUUGCGGACCAGGAAGGCUAAGAGGGGCUGCGGCGCAGUUGUGCGAAGGGUUGUGGAGCAUCUCUAAUGUCUCCUGGCUCAAGUUGUGGGCUGACUCACACGCUCGGCCAACUUCCGGCUGAAUUUGGCGAGUUUCCAUCUGACGGGUUCGCUAAGGGGGGGAAGCAGCAAGCUGGGACUGCGCCGGAGUCAAUGGGACCAUCGACGCCUGCAGUCGGUUGAAAUGAUGGAUUUGGGUGGGUGGAUUUCUGCGAGGGCAGUUUAACGAGACAGUUGCAAUCCUAGAUAAAUAGAAGACAGCAACAUGGUUGAAAACUCACCGGCCCCAUUGCCAGAAAGAGCUAUAUAUGGCUUUGUUCUGUAUUUAGGAUCCCAGUUCCUAUUUAUGCUGUACCUUGUCUGGGCCUAUAUACCUGAAUCCUGGCUGUUCUCAUGGGGGUUAACAUACUGGCCUCAAAAGUUCUGGGCUGUCGCUUUGCCUGUCUACCUUUUAGUUAGCGUGGGAAUAGCCUAUGUACUCCUCUUUGGUAUUAACAUGAUCAGUACUGCUCCACUGAAUUCCACACACACCAUUACAGACCACUACGCAAAAAAUCAGAAAUGGAAAAAACCACAAGAAGAUGCUAUCCCUGCAUUAAGAGAUAUUCCUAUCAGUGAAGUAAACAAAAUGUUUUUCUUGUCUGACACAGAAGACUGCCCUAGACACUAACUGAAGAAAAAGCAUUUUUUUAUAAAUAAAUAAAAUAACCAAACUUAUUCAUAUGGGAAAGAUUUAUGAAUUCCUGAGUUGAGGAGGCUGCUUGGUAAUGAAGUGCUAAAAUGCUUGACUUCAGUGAGAUUAUGUGAAAGUGCCUCAAAAAUAUGGAUGCAGUACUAAUAAAGCAUCUUUCAAGGA